AUGUGUGGGGACAAAUUAGAUCAGGACUCCGCAGACGACAAAUCCCCUCACCAAAUGGACGGCGAAGCUGGCGCUGUCGCCCGGGCCAAUGCCAAAGACCCAUCAAGACCUAGGCGCAAGAAGGCUCGCAGAGCAUGCUUCGCCUGCCAGAGAGCACAUUUAACGUGUGGCGAUGAGCGACCCUGCCUACGAUGCGUAAAACGUGGCCUACAGGAUCAAUGUCACGAUGGCGUUCGCAAGAAAGCCAAGUAUCUCCACGAUGCGCCGGCGGAGGCCUUAGUCCCUGGUUUCCAAGGCUCCUAUCAUUCCAACGGAACGCAUGGUGGUCCAAAUAUCCCAAGACCAUCUCCAUCUACCCAACACAACGGAAACUCUUCGCAGCACAAUAAUUACUUUCCAUCCAACACCCACCAAAGCUAUCCUCGUUACGGACCAGCGCCACGACAAGGUCCUAUUGGACCUCCCAUGCUGGAUACGAGCAGUAUGAUUACUGACUUCGCGAGUCAUCAACACAUCGAGACGCCGAAUCGCUAUUCUUCGGUAUCAGGAACGCAAGUCACUCCCAGCCACGAAAUUGGUCUAGAUCAUCCGCGCCUCUCCGCGAAUCCCACGUUCGAUCACGCUUAUCUCGACCCGAGUGAUCCCAAUUAUUACGACUUUAGACUGAAUAUGGCCGAACUCAAUUUUGGCAACACCUACGGAGCCCUCGAAUUCGGCAUGCUCGGACAUAUCACGUCCAGCGCUAUCGAUACCAAUGACUUGGAUGCCCUUAACCCCAUGGGUCAAACGAGCUCGAACAUGGGAUUCGAUCGCUCCUCCGGAUUCUCUACGAACUUCGGCUAUAAUAAUGGCUAUGCUUCCAAUUGGCAGCAUAUCCCUUCCAUGGGCUCUCGCCAGAACAGCUCAAAUAACGUCUGGGCGCUGCACAACCAUGCUUCGGAUGCUUUCGCCAUCUGCGAACAUCCUCCAUCUUUGACGGCCUCGAGUCCUAAGUCGCAAAAUCAGGACAGUUCAGGAAACCAUAGCGGAUCGCCCGAUACUUCCGCAAUACUCCCAGAGCAGCGUGAGCAGGAGCUUCUGCGAUUGUCGCACCAGAAAGCACGCAGGGCACCGUUUCCCUCGGGCGACCCUAGUAUAGAUUCUGCGCGAAAGCGGAAGCGUGACACCUCAUCCGUGUAUGAAUCUGUUAAGAAGCCGUACGACUAUACCAACGCCUUUCACGCCAUGACUGAAUUCAUGAGGAAGCGCUUCGACCAGCACAAACUCAUUCUCAUCGCGAAAGCUCUGGCCACUGUCAGGCCUUCAUUCAUCGCUUGCAACAAAACCCUCACCCAGCAUGAUCUUGUCUUCACUGAACAAGCAUUCCAGCGCGCGAUAUAUGAAUAUAAAGAGAUCAUCACCCAGACCUCAACUCCAACGAUCGUCUGUCGCCGGACGGGUGAAGUUGCAGUCGUCAGUAAGGAGUUCACCCUCAUGACCGAUUGGCAGAAGGAUGUAUUGCUUGGGCAUGAGCCCAAUCUCAACGUCAACACGGGUGAGACCCUUUCUGAUGCCGAAAUUGAAGCUAGAUCAAGAGGGUCGAUUACACCGCGAACGGUGAACGCAGAAGUUGAGAAAAAGAUCCAACCAGUGUUCCUCGCGGAGCUGAUGGAUGCCGAGAGUGUGGUUGACUUUUACGGCGAUUUUGCCGAGAUCGCGUUCGGCGCGUCACGAAGCUCAGUCGUAGGAGAAACCUGUACCCUCCUCAAAUACCGGACGAAAGAGGAUCAUCUCGCAAGUUCUCUGUCCCACAUUGGCGAUGACAGCCACAUGCGAAGGCAUUCAUCGAAUGGAAAGGCAGACAAUCAUAUCAAAGGCGAAUCUGGGAUGAAGGCGCUAGGAGGGAAGGAGGGCAGAAUUGACUGCUCAUUGUGCUGGACGGUCAAGCGCGAUACCUUCAAUAUGCCGCUGUUGAUUGUUCUCAACGUGAGUUUUUCACCUGCAAGUUUUGUGACAUUUUCAUGA